CUUUACCCAUACUGUCACCUUUGCUGACUUUCCUAUUUAGUACCGAAUAUCGAAAAUUCUUUCAAAAUUGAAUAGGGUAAAGAUUUCAGUUUAAAGACACGUUUCAUAAUGGCCGAAAUCCUGGAGGAGUUCAUCACCCUGACGCCCCUGACUUGUGUGCAGCAGGUAGACGCUCUGCUGGGCACAACGGCGAAACCGAAAAGCUGCGCUGUGUUUUUUACACUUUUUGGCGUAUAUUGCGGAGCUCUCGCCUACAGGGCAUACCGGUCAUAUUCCUCGAACCAGGGAGGCGAUAGAGCAAUGAUACUGCAAGGGAUUGCCCUUGAGCCCAAAGUGGAAGAUCUGAACGUGGAAGAGGAUUCAAGCCUUGUGAACGAUAUUGUGCAACCAACGUCGCCGAUUCUGCUGCAACCCAUCGACUUCUCCAGCACUGACAUGAGAUGGCGUUAUUGCAGCCGGCUGCUAGAGGCAGAAGUAAAAGUGGGCUCAGAAAGUAAUAGAGAAAAAGACGAGAAAGCUAAGAAAGUCGACAUCUUGGAAUCGGAAAGGACGAGCAUUGUGGCGGACGACGAUGAAUACGAACCACCCACAGUUUCAGUGGCCACUUCCACAACGCGGGAAAAAGCUCGGCCGCAAGGGGACAGUGUCGAUAACGAACACGUCCAAGAGACCACCUUCUUGGUGUGAAACACAAUGCUCAUUGGCCAUCAAAAUUCACGUUUAAGCGCAAAUAAAUUAAACCAUCUUUUAACGCA